AUGGCCUCCGCAGCCUCCCCAGCAGCAGCCGCUGCGCCGUCCAGUGCGCCCGCACCCGCACCUGCACCCGCACCGGGCACCGACUACGACGUCGGCCUCGGCAUCGACGGCGUGCGCCCAAAGGACCCGUCGCUGUACCAGCUCUUUGGCGUGCGUGCCGACGCGUCCGACGCAGAGCUCAAGAAGGCGUACCGCAAAGCGGCCAUCAAGUUCCACCCGGACAAGAACCCGGACAACCCGGACGCGGCGGCCAAGUUCCAGGAAAUCAGCGAGGCCUACACCAUCCUGUCCGACUCGAACUCGCGCGUCGUGUACGACAAGCACGGCAAGCAGUCGGCCAUGGGCGAGGCGUCGGGCGAGGACGGCCAGAUGAUGGACCCGGGCCAGCUCUUCUCGCAGAUGUUUGGCGGCAAGGCGUUCGAGGACUGGAUUGGCGAGAUCAGCCUCGGCAAGGAGGUCAGCAAGGCGUUUGAGCAGGCCGAGGAGGACGAGGCCGAGCAGACCAAGAACGACGCGACGACCAAGCCUGCGGCCGCCGCAGCUACGACCACGACGCCGCAGCAGGGCGCGCUCCACUCGGAGGCGCACGUCGAGUCGACCGGCCACUCGACCCAGACGUCGGCCCCGACCUCGACCGCCAUCCCUCCUCCCGCCGCAGCGGGCGGCGUCCCGACCACCUCCGCCAUCCCUCCUCCCGCCGCAGCAGGCGGCGUCCCGACCACCUCCACCUCCACCUCCCCUCCGUCCACCGGCACCACCUCGCCGUCCACCGCCGCCGCCGCCGCCGACAGCACGCCCUCGUCGACCGACGGCGCGCACGCGCACGCCGCCAAGUCGCACCUGGCGGGCAAGCCGCCCAAGCUCACGCCCGAGCAGAAGCAGAAGGCUUACGACGACGAGCGCAAGUCGUACGAGGAGAAGCGCAAGCGCGUCGAGACGCUCGCGCACAAGCUGCGCGACCGCGUGCGGCCCUUUGUCGACGCGCGAGACCCAGGCGGCGUGGACGACCCCGAGACGAGGCGGUUUGCCGAGCGCAUGCGCGAGGAGACGCACGACUUGGCGAUGGAGAGCUUUGGCGUCGAGCUGUGCCACCUCCUCGGCGAGAUCUACAUGCAGAAGGCGACGACCUACAUCCGGCUGCACCGCAAGCCGUCGGCCAACCUGCUCGGGCUCCCCGGCUGGUGGUCGCGCGUCAAGGAGAAGGGCGCGACGCUCAAGGAGGGCUGGUCGUUCCUCUCGACCGGCCUCGACGUGCAGCGCGCCAUGGUCGACAUGGAGAAGCGCCAGGAGCGCGGCGACCUCGGCGAGGACGAGAUGAAGAAGCUCGAGAUGGAGCUCAGCGGCACGCUCCUCCUCGUCGCGUGGAAGGGCAGCAAGUUUGAGCUAAGCGCCGUCCUGCGCCAGGUCGUCGACCUCGCGCUGUCCAAGGAGUCGCCCGAGGUGACCGACGCCGUUCUCAUGAACCGCGCCAAGGCCAUCCUCUUCAUCGGCGCCAUCCUCAAGAACGUCAAGCCCGAGGAGGGCGACGACGAGCGCCGUGAGCUCGAGCGGCUCGUCGCCGAGGCCAACGCGCGCCGCAAGGAGGGCCGCAAGGCGCCGCCCAAGGCCGAGCACCACAAGAAGAAGCAGGCGGGAGGCGCCGACACGCCGCCGGUCGUUGACGAGGCCAAGAAGGCGUGAGUCGAGGAGGAGGAGGAGGCUCGUGGUCACCCUUAGUUCUAGCUCGCGCGCCCCCUGUAGACACUCCCUUCUAGCCUAUCUCGGCGUCGGAGCCCUCUCACGUAAUGCCAGUCCGUCCCCGUG